CAAACAUCUUGGUGGCAGUAAGUUGAAGAUCAAGUUUGAAGAUUUUGAUUAGCAAGUCAUGAGGUGUUAUCUCUACUUUUUUUAGUUACAUUCUUCACCAGAUUAUACAAGAAUGGCCGACGACCCGGAUCCGACCCACCAUGGUGGCAUCACCUUGGAGUUGGAACGGUGCAAGGACUGCGCUAACCAUCACUGGUGCAGCAACCAUGUUGAGGGACGCUAUGACGAGUACGAAGGCAAAGUGAUAUCCGCCAUCCAAGAAAAAGCCGGCUCAGCAGCGGUGGCAAACCUGCAAGUACAAACGAAUCCAGGUCCGAAGGCACUUGGAAUGGACGUGAAGCAGUCACCACAUCAUAGCAAUUUCUAUUAUGACGAUCUAAUUCUGUUAGUUAGAAGUUGUAGUUCCUUAUCCAUCGUUGAUUUUGAGUAAUCUUUGUCUUGAUGGUCUUUUCUUUAUAAUCCACUUUUUAAGAGGUUCAUUGGAAUUGUACGAUAUCCAAUCCAAAAAAAUUCAUUGGAACUACAGCGAUUUUCUCCUUCUAAGCCCUUGUCUCCAUGGUGACAAACCAUAUAAAUGGGAAACGAUUAGCGGAUGUGCCAUUUUGCUAUCCUAGAAUUGGCGGUUUCGAGGUCACGGUGAUGCGCGGAGGUGUCAGGAAUAACUCGACGAGGCACGUAUUGACCAUGAUUUUUCGAGACAUCUACAACCUGCUUCGCAAGAACUCACUUCACAUUGUUGAGCCCAUUUUCCCUAUUCAUUGCCAACUAGCUGAAGAACAUGCCAUUAUACUUCUAAGUACUUAAUACGAGAUGACAACAGUUGGUGAAGCAACACUUACGAGACAACCUAAGUACUUACGAGAUGACAACAGUUGGUGAAGCAACAUACUUCUAAGUACUUACGAGACAACAACUUGUUGUCAACAUAUCAAUAUCAUCCACCCAACAACACCUGACACGACUCCCUUUCCAGGUCGUCUUCUCAAAGCUAAAAGCGAAACGGUGGCCGAACCCCGAAUGGCUUGCGGAGAGGGUGAUAAAGACGGUGAAUGUUAAGGCUUCCCCUAUUUUAUCCAUCUUUUCCUAAAGCAUCUUCUCGACGAAGCUGUCCCAUAUUAAUUAGGGGAAAACCUCGAAGCUGUCCCAUAAGUACGGGAAACCUACCGGCACGAGAUGAAAGAAUCUCGAGAUGGAAUUAAUAUAGGGUCGUGAGCUCUAAGAAUGAUAAGCUAGGUGGUUUCGGAGUGCAAGCUGACUUGCCGCCAAGUCCACGGACCUAUAGAACGCCACCAAUGACCGAGGAAAAGUUGAAGGAAAUAGUCCUCAAAAAGUUCCAAGCUGUCAUUUCCGCUUUCCGGUUAUUCGAUGAAGAUAGUACUUACAACUUAACAUUUUUUUUGCUUCUAAGAUAGAUAGAAUGUUGACUGGUGAAUGAAAUGUAAUUUUGUGAUAUGAAUAGGAAGGUGGAACGAACACGAUGAACAGUUGUAGCCUGGAUAAGUGGAACUACAGAUAGAGAUAUUAUUUUCCGAAAGAAUUUCAAGUGCAUCAUUCUCAUUUCCUUCACCCUCACUCCCUCCUCCACUUUUCCCACCUCACAACUUUUCCCACCGUCGCAGACGACGGCGCUUUGAACCAGCGGGAGUUUAAGAAGGGUUUGGAGUCGUGUGGCAUCGACUUGCCGCCAAACCAGAUCCGAAAGCUCUGGCACAUGUGCGACGAGGAUAACAGUGGGUUGAUCAACUAUCGAGAGUUUGCUAGGAAAUUUUCGAAGUUCAAACCAACACACGAAAGAAUGAUUGGCCUCAGUCCGAAAGGCAGUAAGAGGAAUAGUCGGAGGGAUUGUACUGAUAAUUUUGAUACUUAAGUUCUACUUUGUCGAUGUCAACGUUGUCGUUUUCUAAAAGACAUACUUGUUGUUGGCUUUUAAGUAGACUGCUUGAUAUAGUAGAUAUGCUUCUACUUGAUAAACUCGUUUAUCUUUCUGGUGCUGAACGGCCUCAAACACGUUUGAUUAACGCUCCAUGUUGAGGUAUCAUGACAUGACUGGCGCUAACCAACGAACUUGAAGAUUUUCUUCCCUCAAUCAUGAGAAACGAAGCAUCAAACAAACUAGAAUCUCAAUCUUCCCAUCUCCCCAGUUAUUAAAUUUGCCUCCACGACUCCUGAAUGUCCAAAAUGUUCCUGAAAUGUUCAGUGUGGAACGUCCAACUAAGCGGUUCGUCCAACUCCUGAGUGGCUCGUCCUCUUAUUAAAUGCUAUUACCAACUUAUAUAUAUUAAAUCGUCCAACGACUACCUGGAGGAACCCUAAACCCUCCUGAAAUGUUGGACUACCACCUGGAGGAACCCUAAACCCUUGUUGGACGACCGCCGCAGCUGUUGGACUAAAAUGUACCUUACUUAUUAAAUUUACCUCCACUCCUCACCAGCCGAAGCUUCUGCUCCCGAAAUGUUCGGUGUGGAGGGAGAUCUCUUGGACGCUUCAGCAGCGCCAGACCUCCUAAAACCUCACGGAAUCCAUGCUAUGUCAAGACGAACCGAAGUCAUCAUGGCCCCUAUCGAUGCCAAAUGUACUACGGAUAUGAUCCGAGCAAAGAUCAUGAACCGAUGCGGGAAUUUAUGGAUACAAGACACUCAAUAAGGUCGAAGAGAAAUAGACAACAUUUUUGAAGUCAACAUUUCAUUGUUGUUGAUCUGUGGAUUGAGAUUGUGGUGUUAUUUGGUUACUUGAUGUUACGUUUUCAACUACUCUAAAGUUUUCAUUUCCAUCAGUACAAGAUGAAGGAACCCUACGUACGCAGUUCCAGUUGUCCUUCGUUAAAUUUCUCCCAUAUUGACCCCUCGCCCUCGCUUCCUCUCACGACCCCUCUCUUCAUCACCCAUGCGCGCUGGUUUCAAGGCGUUUGACGUCGAUGGGGAUGGUCGCAUUUCUGUCGAUGAAUUCGAAGCGAAACUUCCAGUGGUUUUGGGGUUGUCAGCAGCAGACCGCGUCCCAGACGCAAUACUAGAGGAUAUCUUCGACAAAUUCGAUCGCAGCAUGAGUGGGUAUAUCGAAUUGAGGGAGUUCUUUUCGGAUGAUAUGUAGAUAGUUACCCUUUUCUCUUUUCUAUCUUCCUCUGGUCUGUCUUUUUUCUAGUUAGGUCGGCUCCACCACAAAAAUGAUAUGUAGAAGGCAAUAAACGUGGUAGCCAACGCAGAGAAAUAAACUAGGUAGCCGCAAUGGUCCUUGUGAAAAUAUGAACAGAGGAAAACUUUGACUUUGACUUACCAUAAACAAGAGAACAUGUAUCUAUUUGACUAUGAUGAUAAUUUGCAAACUUAUUCUUUCGUACUAAUACUAAAAUCAGAAUCCAGAAUGAUCAUGAGAAAUGUAUCGACUACCAUUGGAUGAUAUAAUUUAUUGAUAUCGACACUACAGCGCUUCUACAAAAUGUACUAUUAUGUCUACUAUGGCACUUGUUGUAUUUGGGAUUUGAAAAAUCUUCAAACAACGCAACAUUGAUUCGGAAACCAAUUUAGAUAACACUAGCGAAAGAACUAUUCACGUAGAGAAUUUGAAUUUGAAUUAUUAAUCGCAUAAUUCCACUUACUUGAAGAGAACAAUUUUCGUCCCUUUGAUGAACUUCGGGCUACGAAAUAUUGUUUGAUCCUUCCACCUGUUGUAUAAAGAACAUGUUGUAUCAUCUUUUUUUUGGGUUGAAAAUUGAUGUUGGAUCAAAAAUGGAAGUGCAAACGACCGUCAUAUCCAGCACCAUUCUACUGACCUAUCUCGGUUACGAUCUACUGACUGAAGGAGCUACUGUCAGCGAU